CACUUCGUGCACGUUCUCAAACAGCCUCUAACCCAGAUGGUGCUGAUGUCCACCUUAUGCACCAGCUCUAAGUCCUUCCUGGUGCCCGUCCUGGCCGCCACCCUCCUGCUGGUGGGGGCCCGGCUGGGUAUCGUCUACAUGUUCAACAGGUACAUCAAGGCCACCAGGGACCUUCGGGACGUGACUACCAGCUACCUGAGGAGCCUGGACUCCUGCUUCUGGGUGGCUGAAAGCGAGGGCCAGGUGGUGGCCUGUCUGCCUGCAGAGAACGCGCCCGGCUACUUGGAGCUGAAAAGCAUCUUGGUGCGGCGCAGUCAUCAAGGAUGGGGCAUCGCUAAGGCUCUGUGUAGGACGGUGGAAGACUUCACCCGGGACAGGGGUUACGCCGCCGUGGUCCUCCACACCUCCAUGGUGCAGACAGAAGCCCAGAAACUGUACGAGCACAUGGGCUUCAAAAGGAUCAGGGAGUUUGUUCUGCCUGAAGCUGCUGCCAAAAUCCUGAACUUCAUGCUGUACGAGUACAGACUGGAUGUGUGUGAGGAGGGGGGGCAGAGAUGGCCAAACUGAUGAAUGAAGAGAACAAUUUUACGUCAGGACUGUCGAGGACCAUACAUGCUGCUUCGCUUUUCUCCU